CUGGCUGCCUGUUCUUAUUUAUCGCCCGCGAUGGGCAUUAUGACCUGAUUGGCCGGUGUGCCAGGCUCCUUGAAGGAUGCUUGGCAUUCUGGAGAAGCUGAGCCCACAGGAUCUUGCCGCACUCGGCGUGCUGGCCCUUGCCCUUGUGACAUGCCUAGUUUGUUUUCCUUGCUACUUGGCUUUCGUCGCAUUGACCGGCUGUGGUCCCGCCAGGGUGCAAAGUGUUUGCUCGUACAUCCUGCGCUUGGCAAAGCGAAGGUCGAAGUUCAACUAUCACAAGAUUGACAAUCAUUUGUAUCUUGGGAGCUUGCCUAGGACAAUGGAAGACUUGGAGGAAUUGAAGUCCCUCGGGGUAGGAGCCAUGGUCACUCUGAAUGAGGCUUGGGAGAUGGAGCUCUCCAAUAAAUUCGUGAGGGAUAGCUGCGGCAUUGAGCACUUGCACUUGCCAACCCCAGACUUCUUUGCGCCCAAGCAGGAGGAUAUCGAGGCUGCGGUCCACUUCAUCACGGCCCACGUCCGAAAAGGAAUCGGUGUCUACGUCCACUGCAAUGGUGGAAAGGGCCGCAGUGCGGUUUGUGUGAUUUGCUUUCUGGCAAGCUUCAUGGACCUGAGCCCCGAAUUGGCCUAUGACCGGGUGAUCUCCAAGCGUCGCAUCGCACCGAUGCGUGGAGUUUUGGGUCUGCAUAAGCAGUGGCGUGCCGUGAAGCGCUUCUGCCGUCGGGUUUCUAGGAUGCCGAAGCGCUUUGAAGCCUUCGCCGAGGAGUCCCCGGUGUGUCAAGAAGUCACUGCAAAACCGCAAGAAUUGGCCACAGUGCAUGUAGCAGAUAGCCUGCCCCAUGAUGAGCCGCCACUUCCAAGAAAAGACGCGGAGCAUGUUCCAGUUCCAGCUGCCUCAACAGGUGAAGCAACCACUGAUGGCUUGCCACCGGAGCUGCAUGCGCCAGUACAUGCACCCCCGCCUGCUUUGAACGUGCCUCCUGAGCCAACUCAGCCACCCUGUGUGCCGCAGUGCAACCACUACGAGGAGAGGUUUGAAGCUGAGGCCAGCUCUGACUCUGAUGAGGAGCCUCCAUUACUGGAGUAGAUUUGUGAGAGGAGUCUGCCACUGGUGCCUUGGGAUAGUUCUUGAGGAAGAACCUUCCACUGGGCAAAUUUCAUAGUCUUAUGGCCAGUUGCCCCGGCUGCCCGGCUGCUGGAGUUCAUUUCGCAAUGCAAGUGUGUCAACGACACGUCUUUGCGUGCGCGAUAUUCCUUGUGUUGCCCCGUGACCUGAGGGUAACCCAGCGUGUGUGAGGUCUGUUAAUACAUCGAGGAGUUUUCACACACCAUUAGCGUUUUCAAGUCGAGGUUGAAGAGUCGAACAUGUUGGCAUCGUUUCCCCCUCAGUGGUUGCUACAACUUCGUGCUGCCGUUCAUGGCCAAGCCAGAGGCAGUACAGCAACCCAAGGGGCGUCAAUCCCCGAGGAUGCGCAGUCUUCAGUCUUCCCUGCUUGCUUCGCAAGGGAAGCACCUCAAUUGGCACUUGAGCCUUUGGAAGGGUGGAGUCAGUGGAG